CAGAGCCCUGCCUCCAAAACAGCCGGGCUGCGUUGUCUCUUAUGAAAGCUGCGGAGUGAAAUGUUGGAUAACUGCUUUGGAUUGGAUUCCCUGCCGUCUUACAAACCAAUGUGGAAAGCUGAGUGACUUCUGCUCGUGUUGUUUUUACCAAAAACACAUUUAAAGGAAGUAAUUUAAAAAACAGAACGAUAGAGGAUAGAUAGAAAGCCAACAUGGCAAAGAGGAAAGAGUGUGAAGUGACACAGGCCGAUACAAAGAAACUGAAGGUGUUGAAGAACAGCGGAGCCAAAGCAAGAGCGAAGAAGGAAGACACAGGUAGUGACAUCACAGACAAAGAGGAGACGCUCAAGAGAAAGGUUCAACCUAAACCUCAUUCCUCCGCAAAAAAAGCUGCAGGGAACAACUCGUCGUCCACCGCAUCCUCAACCACCGCCGCUGUCAGAACCAGUAAAUACUUCCAGUCAUCUGUUAAGAAGGAGGACUCGGACAGUGACGACUUUGACAUGGUGACGUCAAGACCACCUGCAUCUAAACACAAGAACGCCAAAAAAGCAGAGAACAAAGAAGAAGAAGAAGAUGAGGAGGAGGAGGAGGACAGUGAGGAGAGCGGGGAUGAUUGGGAAGAAGUGGAAGAGCUGUCUGGGCCGCUGGGUCCAGUUGAACCUCCAGAACCGGUCCUGCCCUCUCAGCCUGUGGAGAUAGAGAUAGAGAUCGAGACUCCAGAAGUCAGGAAAAGGCAAAAGAGGCAGGCAGAGUUUGAGAAUUAUCUGAAGCGGAUGGUGAACCGGUUCAAGAAGGACCAGCUGAUAGACACGCACAAGGUCCACCUUAUGUGUCUGAUAGCCAGUGGGAUGUUCCGCAACCGUCUGUGCCGCGAACCGGACCUGCUGGCCAUCACUCUGUCGCUUCUGCCCCCUCACUAUGCCAUGGUCGCCAAGGAGCGAAUCGACCAGAACUACCUCUCCGGACUACUCAAGUGGUUCAAAGCUACGUUCACUCUGAACCCCAGUCUUCCCUGUGAGGAGCAUCCAGACCCCUGGGCUCUGCUGGGGAGGCGGCUAGCCAGUCUGUCAGCCAAAAACCACCAGGAGAUGACUCAUCUGUUACUGCUGGUCCUGAGGUCUCUGCAGCUCUUCUGCAGAUUGGUUCUUUCUCUGCAGCCGAUUCCUCUCAAAGCCCCAUCAGCCAAGAGCAAAGGGGAUAAAUCGCCUGCUAGUGCCCCAGGAAAAAGUGCAAAGAACACAGGCAAGGGAACCUCCAAGGCCAGCCCCCCCGAGUCAAAGGUAUCUACAGGCACCAAGAGACGAGCAGGUGGAGGUAAGACCAAAGAAGACAGAGGGGGAAAGAAAGCUAAGACAAAUAGAAUAAAGGAGGAGGAAGAUGAAAAGGCCAUCGUGUCAGCAGGGCAGAGGCCAAAGAACUCCAAGCGUCGCAGCAUCGCCUCAAAAGUCAGCUACAAGGAGGAGAGCAACAGUGAAGAGGAGAAGGAGGAGGAGGGGCUUAGUGAUGAGGAAUUCCAGGCAUCAAGUGAGGAGGACAGUGCAGAGUCAGAGAGUGGAGCUAAAUCGACAAAGAUUGGGAAAAGAACUGUGUCCACCAACAAGAAUACUCCAGCUUCUAAGAAAAAGAGUGGUGGAGGGAAUAACCAGGUAAAGGAGGAGGACAGGAAGUGGGAGAAUGAGGAGGAAGAUGAAGAAGAAAUAAAGAGCAACACAACAAAGCGAAGGAGUGGGAAAAAGAAGGAGGGGCCUGGAGCGGACGAGUGGUUGGAAGUUUUUCUGGACAAAACGUCCUCCUGGGUCUGCGUGGAUGUGGAGCACGGUGUCGGGAUGCCUCAGCUCUGCUCCCAGAAUGCAACAGCGCCUGUGACGUACGUGGUGUCAGUGGACAACGACGGGUUUGUAAAGGACCUGGGAAGGAAGUAUGACCCCACCUGGAUGACAUCGACCAGAAAGAGGCGGGUGGAUGAAGAGUGGUGGGAGCAAACACUGGAGCCCUUUGUGGGACCUGAGGACGAGAGGGACAGAAAGGAGGAGAAGGAGCUUCAGAACAGGCUGCUGAACAGACCUCUGCCCAUCUCAGUCGGAGAGUACAAGAACCACCCGCUGUACGCCUUACAGAGACACCUGCUGAAAUAUGAAGCUAUCUACCCGUCAUCAGCUACUGUGCUGGGAUACUGCAGGGGAGAGCCUGUGUACUCCAGGGAUUGUGUGCACACGCUCCACUCCAAAGACACGUGGCUGAAAGAAGCUCGGACGGUCAGACUAGGAGAAGAGCCGUUCAAGAUGGUGAGGGGCUUCUCCAAUCGUUCCCGUAAGGCCAGGAUGGCGUCUGAGCUGAAGGAAGAAAAAGACCUGCCUCUGUUUGGAGAGUGGCAGACUGAAGACUACCAGCCGCCUCUCGCUGUGGACGGGAAGGUUCCUCGUAACGACUACGGUAACGUCUACCUGUUUAAGCCCUGUAUGUUACCGGUGGGCUGUGUUCAUGUGAGGCUCAACAAUCUGCACCGCGUGGCCAAGAAGCUGGACAUGGACGCUGCCCCUGCGGUCACAGGCUUUGACUUCCAUGGAGGAUACUCGCACGCUGUGACUGAUGGUUACAUUGUGUGUGAGGAGCAUGAGGAGAUUCUCAGAGCGGCCUGGGUAGAAGAUCAAGAGCUUCAGAAACAGAAGGAGAAAGAGAAGAGAGAAAAGAGGGCAAUAUCCAACUGGACUCUGCUGGUGAAAGGGCUCCAGAUCAGAGAGAGGCUCAAGCAGCGCUACGGCAAAAAGAACCAGGGCCUGGCGUGCCUUGCUCAGGGAGAGGAGACGGGUGGGCUAUCUUCUGAUGAGGAGGAUGCGGCUGAAGAUGGAAGUCCAGGAGCUAAGACUGCUUCAGAGACGCUGGCCAUGUCCUGGCCUCAGAACAGACAAGCAGAGGAGGACGGAGGGAGCAUCAGUGGACUGAAGAAGAAGACGACAACGAAACGAGAAAAGAGAGGACAGGAGAAGCACAUGUUCCCCUUUGAGAAAGUGUGAUUUCAGAAUGUCAAAGCUACACCUCAGAUUGGUUGAUAUGAUCCAAUAUAGCAGACCUUUUGCUUUAACAGUAUAAAGCAGGCCUUGGAGAGAGACGAUGAACAAAAGGAAUAUUUUGUAGUUUUCUGUGGAUUGAUCUAUUUCCUCCAGUGCUGAUCAUUCAUGAACUCAACUCUCCUCAAUUUCCUCAUCACUGUACAUAUUACCACUAGCUCCUAUGCUGUGUUGUUAGUUGUUCUUGUAUGGUAGCUGAAUGGAAUUUAAGUACACAUGCCGAGACAUUGAGGUAAAACCUGCAAAACAUAACAAAUCAGUGUUAUCAUUGUGUAAACAAAGUCAACAGGAAUGAGAGAACAGGGAAGAGUCCUUACAGUUUCAAAUGUGUUCAGCAUGGCACAAAGACUCUCAGCCCUCAUGCAAGUAUUCAUGUGCUUAAACAUUUUCGACACAGACUUGAAUUCAUGACUAGUAGUGUGGCGAGUAUAAUGUGUUUAUAACCUGAGCCUAAAAAGACACGACAAACACUGGCUGAUGAACAUUUUCUAUUUCAGUUGAAGUUGCUGAAAACUCUCAGAAGCUGCACUACCUCACCUACCUGCUUCUGUUGAGUUUCAUCAUCUCCACUGAGGCAUGUGUCCAAAAUCUCCCUCCGCUUUCUAAAACCAGCCUAACGGAGCUCUACUAAUGCUACUGGCUCAAAUGUUUGGCAUGAAACCCGACGAUGAAAACAUUCACUUGUUUGUUGUGCUCAAGUGACCUCGUGUUGACCUUCUCUUGAGGUUGAAAAAUGGAUCAUUGAAACUGUUAAAUGAUUUCUUAUCCAUCUCUCACGCCGUCUCUUCUCACAAACACUGUACUUCCCCCUUUUCCUCGUUAGGCUGCUAAAUCCCCGGAGGGUUUAUGUGUUUCUGUGUUUCACAUUCAGGCACUUGAUCUCACACUCAUCUCUUUCCACACUUCCGUCAUUCUUUCACACCUUGUGUAUGUAAGUGUCUUCCCACGCAGCAGAUGAUGGCUGCAUUUAAAAUAGGAAAUCAUUUUUUGUACGGAAAAAGUAUUUUUGCAAGAAAUGUUUAAAUAUCAAUAAAAAAAAGUCAAACCACCAGUAUAAAUGUUGUUAUACCUUAUUUGUGUUUGUGUUUUUAUAACAAAAACUAUUUUACAAUAAUUAAAAAUAGAAUGAAAUUCUUCCACAAAUAAAGAAAAUCUCCAGGUUUUAAAAUCAGCUAUCACACAGUUAAGUACAAAUGAUAAAAUAUUCACCACGGCUAUCA